AUGGCGUGCGCAGCCUCUGCGUCGCCGACCUGGGUCCCCCGGCCUACACGCGCCCCCGGCCUGCAGCCUCCGCCCUCCGCUCCGCCGGCCUGCGAGCCCCCGGCCAUGGCGCCCGCGGCAUCCGCGCCAUCGACCUGGAUCCCCGCGGCCUCUGCACCAACGGGUGGGCGCCCACAGCCUCCGUUGCCGGCUCGAGCGGCCUCCACUCCGCUGGCCAAGGCACCCGCGGCCUCGCGCCGCCGGCCUGGUUCCUCGCGGCUCCGCGCCGCCGCCGACCCGAGCGCCCUACGCCCGCCGCAGCCGCCGCGCUACCGGCAGCCGGAGCACCCACCGCGGCCGCCGGCCGGGGCGCUCGCGGCUUCCACGCUGCUGGCCAAGGCGCUCGUGGCCUCCGCAUCCCUGGCCUUGGACUCGGGUGAAUCUCAUCGGCAAGGCCUCUAG